CCGAAUUAACACGAGGCUUAGAUUAGAUGCUACUGUACCUAAACAGUGCACGUGACAAGUGAAUUUUGACUGCAAAUCACUGUUCAGACUCAUUUUACUGUGCGCAUCUACUUCAAUCGCUCGACUGCAGAGGAUUAGUUUCCCCUCGUCCCCUCGUCCCCAACCCUCCAAAGUCCAAACACCUCCUCGAUCUCGUCGAAUCGAGCCAAGAUUCCAACCAGCAGCACUACACUUGCGGCGAUGAUCCAGCUUCUGUUCGUGGUGCUGGUGGCAGAGGCAUCCGUGGCAGCGGCGCUGCUCUUCAAGACGCCACUGCGGAAGCUCGCCGUGCUAGGGCUGGACCGCCUCAAGCGCGGCCGCCGCGCGCCCGUCGCCCUCAAGACUGUCGCCGGCGUUGUCAUCGCACUGCUCACCUCCACGCUCUACAGCAUGACCGAGAUCAGAGGCCGCGCCGCUGGCGACCCCGACUCCGGCGGCGGCGGCGGCGGGCUCACGCCCACUGACCAGGUCCUUUUCUCGCGCCACCUCCUCGAGGCGUCCCUCAUGGGGUACUCCUUAUUUCUUGCUCUAUUGAUUGAUCGGCUUCACCAAUACAUCAGAGAUCUACGUGGGUUCAAAAAGAACUUAGAGGCUAUAUCAAAGCAUAAUAAAAUGUUGGAGGAAGCAAAACUUGGAAUUUCAGAGGAGACAAAGAAGUACCAGGAAGAGAUUGCGACUCUGAAUGAGGAGAUGAAGAAACUGAAGCUACAAGUCCAAGAAAAGACAGAAGAAGUCCAUGUUGCUGAGGACAAGGCACUUGCCAUUCAAAAACAAUCUGAAGGCUUGCUGACUGAAUAUGACCGCCUGCUUGAGGACAACCAGCAUCUUCGGGAACAGCUGCAGUCAAUUGACCUCAAGCUCCCCAGUUCUUCUUAAAAGAAAAGUAUUCAAGUAUAUGAUUAUCGUAUGGUGAACCUACUGCUGUUGCAACAAAUUAUCUGUUGCAGUUUCUGUGAGAACCGAAGUUUACACCUUUCAUGGGAUACUGAAGAAACUCGUGUUGUGGUAAGAUAAUUGGAUGUUAGCACCCUAAGAACAUGCUAAUUACUAGUAUUCUCAUUUCUCAAUCUUAGCAUCUUUAAUGAACUAUCUGUUGCAUUAUAUGCCGGUACCAAAAUUAGAUUCUGAGCAUUAUAUUUUCUA